AUGACAAGAUCAAAAGCAAUAUUUGACUCACUCAAAGAGAAGUGCAACGAGCAAGAGAUCGAUAUAGCAAAAAGAUAUCAAGAACACAAAUUAAAGUUAGGAUCUAUUUUAUCGGUAAUGUCAGUACAAAUCCAACAACAAAAUGAAACCCUCAAAUCGGUAUUUACAACAAUUACUGAACUCGUUCCAAUUGUGACACUUUCACUCGGAAUCUGCCAGCAACUCGCUACAACAACAACGUCAAAUUCUACUGAUCAACAAGUUAAACUACCAUUUGACACAUCAACUUCACAAGUUCAAACUUUAAUCAACUUCCUUAAUGAACAACAUCAAUUAAUAUCAAGGAAACAUUUGAAAUUCGUCGAAAAUUUUGAGAAGAACAACCAACUGCUACAGCAUGGAAUUGAACUAUUUACAUCAACAAGUGAAUAA